AUGUCGCUCAACUCAAACGUUCCUAGAACCUCUAAUGAGGUGGCUUUAGGCCAUUUUGUUUUCCAAACAGUUUCUCAAGAUAUGAUCAACUACCUUGCUCAAAAGGCGAGAGAAGUUAUUCAGUGCGAACCCACACAAAUCUCCUCAAGUCAAGGUCCCUCACCGCCUCGAACUCCCCCUCAAGAGAAAAGAUCAGCAUCAGAUUUACCGUCAUUAGAGAGAUUCAUUACUUCUUUGAUAAAGAGAUCCAACGUUCAAGUACCUACACUCAUGACCAGCUUGGUAUACCUGGCUAGACUGAAGAAGAGACUGCCACCAGUUGCAAAGGGUUUAAGAUGUACAGUUCACAGAAUUUUCCUUGCAACGUUGAUCUUAUCAGCCAAGUUUCUUAACGACUCAUCACCAAAGAACAAGCACUGGGCUGAAUACUCGAAUGUCCGUGGUUUUCCAGAAUUUUCAUUCACCAGGACAGAAGUCAACCUCAUGGAGAAGCAGUUACUUCAGCUACUCAACUGGGAUUUGAUUGUCAGCUCUGAUGACCUCUAUAGUCAUUUGGAGCCUUUCCUCACACCAAUCCGAUUUGACUUGGAUCGAAAGCAAGAACAAUACCGCAUUCGCGAAGCACGUCUACAAGCUCAACGAGAACAAGAAGCCCUCGCAAUGCAAAACAUGUCCUUUGAUCCAGCCGGAAGAUACUGGAUUCCAACAACCGAAGAAAAGUAUAUGCCAUACUACGGCGAACAACAAUCCCUUUUCACUGCCGAAGACCCAUACAACCACUACUCACCACCAUCCUCAUCCGAGAUUCCCGGUCUUACUCGAAGCGGUACCGCUGAUACUAUCGACGCCAUGUCCUCUUCCGCCUCAUCUUACAUUUCCGAAUUAUCUCGCUCGGGUACACCUCUAUCAUCUGUCAGCAGCUACCUUGACGAGAACGAUGCCAUGCAAUGCGAUACCUACUCCCCUUCAGGUGUUGCCCGUGAUAUUGUUACCGUCAAAGUUGCCGGUGCUGAUGGAAAGCUCAGACCUAUGCUUCCCUACGAAAUUGACAACAUGUCUCAUCCUGACAACAUGACAAUGGCAGAGGAAAAGCGUCGCGCGGCUAAGAAGUCAAAGGGCAACUUCUUAACACGAUACUUUGGUGGUCAAAAGAAUCUCUCCACUGUGUGA